UUUUCAAAACCAGAAGAAAAAACAUCACCUUAAAAAAAAAUGAUCAAUGACCCUAAAAGUGAGAGAGCUUCUCUGCCACUUUCGUCUUCCUUACUUUUAAGGUUUUCAUAUUCAUACUAUUGAUUUUGGGUCUUGUGGAAAGAUCAUCCUUUUACUUAGUAUUUGAUGGAGGAAAUCAAUUCGAAAGAGAGAGGAGGAAGAUGCGUUGAUAUCUCAAGGGAAAACGAGGAUAUGAUAAGCUAUUUACCAGACACUUUGUUAUCUCAAGUGCUGUCGUAUCUUCCGACAAAAGAAGCUGUUAGGACUAGUGUUCUGUCUACCAGGUGGAAAAGUCUCUGGCUUUUUAUCUCUGAGAUUGAUUUGGAUACUUGUCAGUUCCCAGAUUACAAUGCCUUUGUGAUAUUUAUGGAAAAGUUUCUAGAUUUCUCUAGGACUAGGGUAGAGAAGCCAUGCUUCCACAAGGUCAAGCUAAGUCUUCGGAAGAAUGUAAACGACCCGCCUUGUGUCACCCGGUGGAUAGAAUUAGUGGCUACACCUGAACUUGACCAUCUCGAUUUUGAGUGUGACCCUGUGCUGCUGCGUGAGUGUCUAGAAGUGAUGCCACCGAGCCUCUACACGUCUUGUCAAAAGCUUCUUCACUUAAGGCUCCACAGGGUGUUUGUGGGUACGUUGUUGGAGUCUGUCUCUUUACCUUGUCUCAAGACUAUGCGUUUGGAAUACAAUACAUAUGCCAGUGAAGUGUCUCUAGAGUUGCUUAUCUCAUCUUGUCCAGUUCUUGAAGAUUUCAGCUUUGUUAGGAAGCUUGAAUGUGGUGUAAAUGUUUUACGAGUACACUCCAAGACAUUGACCAGUCUCAGUAUAGAAACGGGUAUCCAUGAUUCUGAUUUCAAGUAUGCAGAUUGGGAUGAUGAUUGUAGCGUGAGGGUUUUGAUUAAUACCCCUAGGCUCAAGUAUCUGAAUCUCGACGAUUUCAUAUCCGAGUGUAAAACCAUAAGCAAUCUAGGUUCCUUAACCAAUGUCAAUCUUCUUAGCAGUUUAUAUACAAUUAAUAGUGAUGAUGCUGUCUUCAACAAUAUCUCGGGAGUUAGGGAUAUGAGUAUCUCUAGCACAAAUUUCACGGUUAUCAAAAAUAUCAAGACAUUGCCCCAGUUUUGCAACCUAUCCUGUUUGAAAGCGGAGCUAUAUUUUUGGGAUAUCGAUGUCCUUCCAAUGUUUCUUGAAAUCUGUCCGAAUCUAAGGUCUCUAAUCUUGGAUCUGUAUCCUUCAUCUAUGAGGGAACAAAUAAGAUUCACGCAUGUGCCUCAGUGUUUGCUGUCAUCUCUCGAGUUUGUAGAGAUAGCAAGCACUUUCAGAGGACUCGUUGAAAAGGAACUAGUUAGGUACUUUGCAGAAAACUCAGUAGUCCUCAAGAAACUUGUUCUGCGUUUGGGAUCUUCCAUGGAUGAACAAGAUUACGUCAUUUUAAGGGAUCUCCUCCUUGCAUUACCAACGGUAUCUAGCGCGUGUGAAAUUGUAGUUCGUUGAACACUGUAAUAGCUUUAUGGUAUGUCUAUGAUCAGACUUUUAGGUGUGGACUUGUAAAUUUGAUCAAACUUCACUUUUUGAGACU